AUGGAUAUUUUACAUUCAACAAACUCGACAACGAGUCUUUUACAAGGCCAGGUGGGUCUGAAUGUGGUGGAAAGGUUAUGGGCAGACUGGUACAUAUACAUUGGAAACGAUAUUCUUGCUACUGGGCUUCUAUUCUUUUUGGUUCAUGAGAUUAUGUAUUUUGGUAGAUGCUUGCCAUGGUUCAUCAUUGAUCAAAUACCCUACUUUAGAAAAUACAAGAUUCAACCUGAUAGUAUACCCACUAAUCAACAGCAAUGGGAAUGUUUCAAAGCGGUUCUCAAAUCACAUUUCUUAGUGGAGGCAUUACCAAUUUGGUUGUUUCAUCCAUUGUGUGCCCAACUAAAUAUCAUCUACGGCGUUCCAUUCCCAUCGUGGAAAGUUCAAGCUUGUCAAAUCGUGUUUUUCUUCAUUUGUGAAGACUUUUGGCACUAUACAUUCCAUAGACUUUUCCAUUAUGGAUGGUUUUAUAAAAACAUCCACAAGAUUCAUCAUAAAUAUGCUGCACCCUUUGGUUUUGCAGCCGAAUACGCACAUCCUGCUGAAGUGGCAGCUUUGGGUGUUGGAACUGUUGGAUUUCCAAUUCUCUACGCCUACGCCGCAACCAAAACUGAUCUGUUACCAUCAAUUCAUUUAUUCACGAUAACCUGUUGGAUUGUUUUGAGAUUAUUUCAAGCGGUGGAUUCGCAUUCAGGAUAUGAUUUCCCAUGGAGUUUGAACAAGUUCUUUCCACUUUGGGCUGGUGCUGAACAUCAUGAUCAACACCAUCAUUAUUUUAUUGGUAACUACGCCAGUUCGUUUACCUUUUGGGACCGUUUUUUCAGUACUGAAUGUGGACAAUUGGCUAAACAAAGAAGAGAGGCCAGAGCAAACAGAAAAUCGGAGGCUCUUUAUAAGAAAAAUAUGUAG